UUAAAUUCACUGCUUUUACUCUGUCUUCGUUCAUUCAUAUCCUCUGUCCUUGGCAGCGUAUAUAUCAAUCUUUCUAUCCGUAUCUUUGCGUCAUUUUUCAGUUUCAAACACUGACAAAAACACUCUUCUCAUAUUUCACUCACUUCUCUACUAUAUAUAAACCAAUACCCUUUUCAUUCCUUUGCUUCUCUUCACUUAUUCAUCAUUCUCUCUCUCUCUCUUUUCCAUCAAAAAAUGGAAAAACUUCUUCGUUUUCCCAUCGUUCUUCUCUUCCUUUCAUCGUUUUUUCUUCUUCAAAACGUUACAGCUUUCAAAAACCAAGAUGGAUCAGAAGAAUGGGGUUAUGUUCAAGUCAGACCUAAAGCACACAUGUUUUGGUGGCGUUAUAAAAGUCCAUACAGAGUGGAAGAUUCUUCAAAGCCAUGGCCAAUAAUUCUGUGGUUGCAGGGUGGCCCUGGUGCUUCAGGUAUUGGGAUUGGAAAUUUUGAAGAGGUUGGACCUUUGGAUACCAGCUUGAAGCCAAGGAAUUCAACAUGGUUGUUAAAAGGAGAUCUCUUGUUUGUGGACAAUCCAGUUGGAACAGGAUACAGUUUUGUGGAGGAUGAGAAACUUUUUGUGAAAACAGAUGUGGAAGCAGCCACAGAUUUGACAACAUUGUUGAUUAAAUUAUUUAAUAAAGAUGAAAACCUUCAAAAGAGUCCUUUGUACAUUGUGGCAGAGUCUUAUGGUGGCAAAUUUGCUGUCACUCUUGGAUUAUCUGCUCUUAAAGCUAUUGAAGACAAGAAAUUGAAACUUACACUUGGAGGUGUGGCAUUAGGAGACAGUUGGAUCUCACCAGAAGAUUUUGUGUUGUCAUGGGGUCCUCUCCUCAAAGACGUCUCAAGGCUUGAUGACAAUGGACUGGAAAAAUCAAACAGUAUAGCUCAGAGGAUCAAGAAACAACUUGAAGAUGGUAAAUUUAAUGAUGCAACUGACUCAUGGGGUGAACUUGAGAAUGAGAUUUCAAUAAGCAGCAACAAUGUGGAUUUUUACAAUUUCUUGGUCGAUGCGGGAAGUGGUUCAGACAUAUCAGCAAUGGCAGUGGGAUUAUUAAAAGAAAGAUCAAGGAAGAGGUACUCCAAGUAUCUUACUUCCUUAAGGACAAGGUCUUCUUCUCCUGGUGGUGAUGAUGCACUUGGCACUUUACUAAAUGGUGUUAUAAAGAAGAAGUUAAAAAUCAUCCCUGAAAAUGUCACAUGGGGAGGGCAGUCCAAUGAAGUUUUCACUUAUCUUGAAGCUGAUUUUAUGAAGCCAAGAAUUGAUGAGGUUGAUCAGCUACUGGCUAAGGGAGUCAAUGUUACUAUCUACAAUGGACAAGUUGAUCUGAUUUGUGCUACCAAAGGGACUGAAGCUUGGGUUAGGAAACUCAAGUGGGAAGGGCUAAAAAGUUUCUUGGGGAAAGACAGAACACCCCUCUACUGUGGAAGUAACAAAUCAACCAAAGGAUUUUUCAAAUCAUACAAAAACCUACAAUUCUAUUGGAUUCUUGGAGCUGGUCAUUUUGUACCCAAUGAUCAACCUUGUGUUUCAUUACAAAUGAUAGCUUCAAUUAUACAAUCACCAGCUACAUGAACUACUGAAGUUAAGCAUAGAAAAGGAAAUUUGUAGUAGAAUAAAUUAAAUUGUGUCCAUGAAAGAGAAUUCAUUGUUGAUUAAGUAAGAAAGAGUCAACAAGCAAACACUGCAAAAGGAUCAGGAAAAGAAUUACAGGGGUGUUAUUUAUUGUUUCUUUUUCCUUGUCCUUAUUAUUAUUAGUAUAUAAAAAUGACUUUUUCUUCUGAA